UCGGACUCCAACUCUCGGAGUCCCAAUAUCGGAGUCAAAAUGAAACACCGAUCCUUUUCUCCAGUCCAUCUACCCAAAGGAGGGUUUACAAGAAAUACACGAAAAAUUGAGCAUUAAUUUCUUGUUAUUACUUAUUUUAAUUAUUAUAUUUUUGAUUUUUUGAAAAACAGCUUGCCUGUUUGUUUGCACUCGGAUCUGGGCCCGUUUGUUUCGUUUCUCACUGAGUUGGACGUAUUCAGAGCACAAAAGGGUUUCUGGACUUCUCAAUUAACUCAGCAAAAAGGCUAAAAAAAAAUUUGUUUACGGUUUCCUUUUUCCAUUUUCUUUCUUUAAAAUCUUUCACCUCAUAAAGGACCAUACCAUUGCUAAGAAAAAGUACAAAAGUCACCUUUUUCUCUUUGUGGAUUCCCCUGGCCUUCGGUUCAUCAUUUUUUCUUCUUCACUGUUUUUACUUUUAUAUAUUAUACGGAUUUUCUUGUCCAUCCGUCUACUUGAUUCCAUACAUUCGUUGGUAAAAAUUCAGCCGUGAAGAGAUCCCGUUUCGUACGAAAAAAAAGCUUAUUGCGUAUCUUCCGUUUUACAUCUUUAUACCUAAACAUAUCUGACAGUUCAAACAAUGGAAGCCAAGUCAAACGGAAUUGAGCUUUCCUCUGUGGAAAUGGCAAAGCGUAUGGCUUGCCAUAUGGCUGUCGACGAAAAUUACCCAAAACACCCAAAGGUGAUUGGUAUUGGCAGUGGUAGCACAGUGGUUUACGUUGUCGAACGUCUUUUAACAAAGCCGGGAGUCGAAAAUGUUGUCUUCCUCCCAACUGGGUUUCAAUCCAAAGAAUUAAUUGUCUCUAGUGGUCUACGAUUAGGAGAUCCAGAUUGCUAUCCUGAUGUCGACGUUUGCUUCGACGGUGCUGAUGAAGUAGACGAUAGCUUGCAGUGCAUCAAAGGUGGUGGUGCUUGCUUGUUCCAAGAAAAAUUGAUUGGCUUCUUGGCAAAGCGCCUUGUCAUUGUCGCUGACUCUCGUAAAAAUUCGCAUAUGCUGGGUGAACAUUGGAAGAAGGGAGUUCCUAUUGAAGUCAUGCCCAUGGCUUAUACCUCCAUCUUACCUCAACUGGUUGCUUUAGGUGCUCUUGAACCUAAGCUGCGUAUGGGUGCUCCUGGUAAGGCUGGUCCUGUCGUUACCGACAAUGGUAACUUCAUUAUCGAUGCUAGCUUUGGUUUAAUUAAAAACCCUCAAGAGCUUUUUGAAAAAAUCAAGCUUCUGGUUGGCGUUGUAGAAGUGGGUAUCUUCUGCAACAUGAUUUCUGCUGCUUACUUUGGUAGCGGGGAUGGUAGCGUCACUGUCAAAAAAGCCAGUGGUGAUAAUCACAUUAUUCCCCCUACAGUUACGGCUGCAGCUACUGAAGUCGAUGCCGUCGUAGCCGAGCAAAAUGCCGAACCACUAUAAGUAGCUAUCCUAAAACUGAACUAAACCGCAAUGUUGGUUUUGUGUUAUUCAUUCAUCAUUCACCUCAAUGUAUUAUAUCUUAUAUUUUUUUCGUUUCUUCUUUCUUUUUGCUUGCCAAUUGAUGAUUUGAGCAGUCAUUAACUUAAUAAAUUCUUCCAUAAUUAGUUUUUUAUUAAGCAAAAUACCUACAAUUCAUAAAUCAAUUUCAAUAAUAGUGAAUAUAUCCAUUUCUAUAUGACACCAG